AAAAAAUAUCAGCAUACUGACUGCGUAACUAUUCAGUCAACAGCAACCUCUUGUUUCUGUGAUUGUUGCAUUCAACUGCUACCUCUUCCAUAUGUUUUCUUUCAGGUGUUACCUUAUUCAUCUAACUGCUCCUUAAAUUAGCUUCUGUAAAAAUUAGACUCAAGGGAAACUUACUAGAAGCAUUAAGAACAUUUUAAUAUGAGUAGGUUAAGAAAUAGCUAGUUAUGACAGGUGGUGAACAUCUGAUAGCCUGUGAGAAGACAAGCACUGAAAGGUGGUAAACUCUUAAACCACCUCAGCUACACCCAAACCUGUUUCAUGCCUAUUAUUGUGUGUUUCAAGGCACAACAUACCUCACAACCAGCUUUGCCGUAAGAGCCCUAAUCAAUGACAUUGACUUCACAAAAUUAAAUAAAAACUCGACACUCUGCCGGCAGCGUUUGUGAGCUUGCUCAACUGUGAGCCCACUUUUUACUGCAUCGCCAGCGAGCACCAAGAUACACCUGGAACAUCAAUACCAUCAGCGCUCUGGACAGCCACCGCCAACCCGCUACCUCGGCCUUCCGGCUCCCGAGGAGCCUCCCGAGCGAGAGGCACCAGGGCGGUGAACGCGCUUCCCCCGGCCGCGCAGAGGCCCGGCCGAGCGGCGCGGCCCGGCGGGCUCGCAGGCCCAGGUAGCCCGGUAGCCCCUCCCCGCCGCCGGCCCCGCCCCGCGGGGGAUGGAGGGGCCGCGGCCGGGCUGGCGCUGGAAGAGGAAGCGGGGACGCGCUACCGGGCGGCGGCGGUGGGGUCACGAACUCUGACCUGUCACAGGGCACGGCACACACAACAAAACACCCCCGGCCCCAACACAGCCCCGGCCCCCUCCCCUCCGCGGGCCCCACAGCCCCUUGCAGCCCCCGCGGGGGGAGGGAGGGCCGCUGCUGGGCACCGGCCUGCCCGGGCCCGGUCGGGUCACCGCCACUGCACCUUUGGCGCCCAUUCCUGAGGUUCUCUAAUGGUCUUGUCUCACCAUGGCAACCAAUAUGGAGGUGCCGGCUCAGCAGGUAGUGGAGACUCAGCAGGUGGCUGAGGUGCCGACUGUUCAGACUUCGCUAUCUGAAUCUCCAGUGAUGACCAGCCCUUCCCAGCGUAUCCAGAUAAUUUCCACAGACUCCUCUGUAGCUUCACCACAACGCAUUCAGAUUGUGACAGAUCAGCAAACAGGUCAGAAAAUUCAAAUAGUGACAGCAGUGGAUUCAGCUGUGUCUCCAAAGCAACAGUUCAUUUUAGCUAGUCCAGAUGGAACUGGUGCAGGAAAGGUGAUCUUGGCAGCACCUGAAACAUCUAAUGCCAAGCAGCUUAUCUUUACCACCACAGACAACAUUGUGCCAGGCAGAAUUCAGAUAGUGACAGACUCUGCUUCAGUGGAACGCCUACUAGGAAAAACUGAUGUUCAGCGGCCCCAGGUAGUAGAAUAUUGUGUAGUCUGUGGUGAUAAAGCAUCAGGUCGUCAUUAUGGUGCUGUCAGUUGUGAGGGAUGCAAAGGUUUCUUUAAAAGGAGUGUAAGGAAGAAUUUGACCUACAGUUGUCGUAGCAACCAAGACUGUAUCAUCAAUAAACACCAUCGGAAUCGAUGCCAGUUUUGUAGGCUUAAGAAAUGUCUAGAGAUGGGCAUGAAAAUGGAAUCGGUUCAAAGUGAAAGAAAGCCUUUUGAUGUGCAACGUGAAAAACCAACCAACUGUGCAGCUUCUACUGAAAAAAUCUAUAUAAGAAAAGAUCUUCGAAGCCCUCUAAUAGCAACUCCAACAUUUGUGGCAGAUAAAGAUGGGACACGGUCAGCCGGUCUUCUUGAUCCGGGAAUGCUCGUGAAUAUUCAGCAGCCUUUGAUCAGGGAUGAUGGUACAGUCCUCCUAACUGCUGAUUCCAAGGCUGAAACAAGCCAGGGUGCCUUAGGAACACUGGCAAAUGUUGUAACAUCUCUCGCUAAUCUCAGUGAGUCACUAAAUAAUGGAGAUACUUCUGAAAUUCAACAAGAAGAGCAAUCUGCAAGUGAGAUUACACGGGCAUUUGAUACCUUGGCUAAGGCACUUAAUACUAUAGAUGGUACAACAGCUCAUAACUUGGCAGAUGGGAUGGAUCCUACAGGAGGAGGGAAUAUUCAUGUAAUCAGUAGAGAUCAGUCAACACCAAUUAUUGAAGUGGAAGGACCCCUACUUACAGAUACACAUGUCACAUUUAAGCUCACAAUGCCCAGUCCGAUGCCAGAGUACCUUAAUGUACACUACAUCUGUGAGUCAGCAUCACGACUCCUUUUCCUCUCUAUGCACUGGGCUAGGUCCAUACCUGCAUUUCAAGCUCUUGGGCAGGACUGUAAUACGAGCCUUGUGCGUGCCUGUUGGAACGAACUGUUUACCUUAGGGCUGGCACAGUGUGCACAGGUGAUGAACCUGUCAACUAUCCUGGGAGCGAUUGUCAACCACCUCCAGAACAGCAUACAAGAAGAUAAACUUUCUGGCGACAGAAUAAAGCAAGUCAUGGAACACAUCUGGAAACUUCAGGAGUUCUGUAACAGCAUGGCCAAGCUUGAUAUUGAUGGAUAUGAAUAUGCAUACCUUAAAGCUAUAGUCCUUUUUAGCCCUGAUCACCCUGGUCUGACCAGUUCAACCCAAAUAGAAAAAUUCCAGGAGAAGGCACAGAUGGAAUUGCAGGACUAUGUACAAAAAACCUAUCCAGAAGACACUUAUAGGCUAGCCCGGAUCCUAGUUCGCCUGCCAGCACUUAGGCUGAUGAGCUCUAGCAUCACCGAGGAACUGUUUUUCACAGGUCUCAUUGGAAAUGUUCCCAUUGACAGCAUAAUCCCCUACAUUCUCAAAAUGGAAACAGCAGAAUAUAAUGGUCAAAUAACUGGCACGUCUGCAUAGAGGGAACAAUGUCAUUUGAGGGAUUGAAGUAAUUUUCACAAAAACUGUAUAAUUACAAAGUUAAAACAGUAGUGUUUUGGUAUGUGCAGAUAAUUCCAACUUGUUAUCAGUUUCCUGACAGAUUUCUCCUUGUCUUUUUCUGAUGUUGACAAAAUUUAAAGCAGCUAUUAAAACACCUACUAUAGGACCUUUCCUGCCACAAGGAAUAUUUUUGAUGCCUUUCAUUUAAAAGGCCGUAGAUUACUGAACAUACUUUUCACAUGCUUUGUAUUUAGAAACUAUCAGUGGUUAAAAAGAGUUUUAUAAUAUCAGAGUAGUAAUAAAAUUACUUUAAAAGUAAAAAGAACAGUAUGUAUAUAUUUAAAAAUAUCCUUGGAAUGAAUGUCUAGCAAAUGCCAGGGUAUAAUACUAGCACUUUGUAAUCACUUCUUGUCAGAGCAACAGCAUCAUCAACAUCCUGCUUAUGAGUAUGGAAAAUGAAAAAAAUGCAUAUGUCCUUAGUCAAAAUGCUAGUGAUUUUUGUAAAAAUGUAGAAUGCUAAAGAAGACAAUCAUUUAAUCUACAGAAAGUCACUUGCUGUUAUGUUAUGCAUGAAAUAUUAAUGUGGGUCCUUAAAUCAGAUAUCCACAUUAUAUGAAACUAUAUCUGUUAAAUUAGUGCAGUUGUAAUACAUGGUACAGUGCAGUCAUAGUGACUAUUAUGUGCUACAGGAAUUCCCCAUGCUAGAGAAAAAAAAGUGUUUGUCACAAUAAUGAUUAAAUAUGCAGGUUCCUUAAAGUGUUUAUUCAGACAAACACAAUCAUGCCAAAUGUUAUUCUAAGAAGCAGCCUUUCGACUUUGGGGAAAAGCAGUCAUUAACUGGAAGAGCAGUAAUUUUCAAAUAGAGCGGUGUGAUGCUCUUUGAGUGUGCUCUUUGUAUGCUCCAAAUUUACUCCUCCUCUCUGUACUCUGAACACCCUCAUAAUGUGGCCACAGGGUACAAUUUAAGACCUGAACUGUGUACCUCUGGUCAUCGGCAUGAGUUUAUUACAAAGUUCUCUCACUUUUAUCUCUCGCUCCCUCCCUCACGGAGCCCUCCCAGUUUUGCAGUGUUCUCAACUUUCCUGUCACUCAGUAUGAAACCAAAAUAUAGUUAGGAUUUACUCUCACUCAUGUACAAUUGCAGUUGAUGAUUGAUGCACCAUGGAGGUAUUAAAUGAACUACUUUUUAAUUGUCUCGAGUGAUGAGCCAUCAACAUGUUUGCUAGUAGCUGCUAGCAUAGGUUUCAUUUUAGUAUAAUUUACUAUUAUGGCUGUUCACUAUAUUAAAAUCAAUAGGGUUUUUUAAGUCAUAGCAAUUAAUACCUUCAUCUGAUCCUGGCACAUUAGAUGCAUUAAUUAUUUUAAUUAUUUGUGUGUUAGAGGCAUUCGUACUUUAGUAGAUUUAUGUGACAAAACUUAUCUAAUGGUAAGUUCAGCACUUUGGUUUUUCUUCUGUUAUUGAUAUUUAUUUAGAAACAUCAACUAGGUUGGUGUUUGUGACUUUUCAGAGUCUGAAUUGUAGCCAGAAGACCUUAAGCAGCUUUAGAUGAGGCUUCUAAAGUAACAAAAAGAGCUUGUAUACUUCAUGCUUGUUAGGAGGCUGACAUUUGUAGCACUUACUGUGACACAAAAGACAAUUUAAUUUUAGCUUCUAGAUGCAUUAAAGUCUUCUACUGUUACUAUUUUUAGCACAUUCAGAAUCUUCUUUUCUCAGAAGGGUAUUACAGAGUCCAGUAUCCUUACAGAGAUUUGGAGUCAAAUUAUCACAGUCACAAAGUGAUUCCAGGAAAAGUUCAUCUCACUGAAGCUCUACUUCGUGCCAAUAUUUAUUCUCUUCAGAACUUCUGAGGUUCUAUUUCUGCUGCUCUUGAAAUGAAAAUAUUUUAACUUGACAGACAUACAGUAAUAAAUUAUCUGAUUUAUCUGAACCUGAGCAAAUGUGUAUACUAGUCACAAUUCCAUCAGACAAAUGUUAGAAUUCUGUGCUGACUGAGACUGGGGCAUGAUAAUGAGGCAAUGUAGGGAAUGAUAAUGAGGCAGUAAUGUCCACUGUGCUUCAUUUGUUUUCCAACUCUUUUGCAAAGGAACUGGAUUUGAAUCUUGUAGAUAAAAAGCACUUGGGACUAGCUUUGUCCCAUAUGAUUUUAAUUGCAUUUGUGACAAAUGUAGGUAUACUCUUUUCUUCCUUUUAUUUACUUACAUGGGACUGUAGAGUCAGAACUAACAUCAUGUACAAAAGUAAUCUUUCUCAGCGUAUUUACAUUGCUUAUGAAUUGGCUGCAAUGCUUUGGUGUCUGUGAAGUUACUCUGGCAUGAAACUGGUAGAAGAGGAAAAAAUCUCCAGGGAGAGAUCCUUCUAAGAAGUCAUACAAAGCUUUCUUUUAGCUGCCUUAAAAUGUUAGAUCAUUAAGAAGGCUUAGUUUUCAGAGCACACUGUGGCAAGAAACUAUGGUUGCUCUCCACUGAUUAGCUGGCGUCAUUGGCCAAGUCUCCUUUCACCAUCUUCUGAAGCCCAUGGCCCCCCAGACAGCCACGACGCCUCUGGUGAGGAGCUCUGGUUCCAGAUCUGUGCGCAGAAUCCAGCAGCUCUGCAUCACCAUUACAGUUCCCUUUGGCAAAGGGCACAUUCUGAGGCUGCCAUAGAGAAGCCAAGUCAGGGCUGAAGCUGACUGAAGUAGGUGAAAUCAGUUUCCUGACUCUUGUUUCUCCUUUGGCAGAGACUGUAAAACACUUGUGUGGUUUUUUUAUUGUUCUGUAUAGUACACAGAACUCAUUCUUGAAUGAAUUAUUUCAUUCAGGAUACUGCAGGUGUCAGUAGAUUUUCCUGCCCAUUAAAGUUCAGAGAGUAGUUAGGAUUCUUUCCUGAUUACCUGCUGUUUAAUUAGUAAAAGACAAUUUUAAAUAAAUAGCACCAAAUAGCAUGACUAGGAAAGGGUUUCAGGAAUAUAGAUUAACCAGGAAGACAGAACUGGAAAUUAAUGGGUUGAGGGUACUGCUCAAUCAGUGACAAAGCAGCUUCCUGCACUAACAGCACCAGUCAGGGCUCUGUUUGAAACAGGAGAAGUGAGCAGUAGAACUGGCAGAUCAGUCAGACACACAGGUGUACCAACACAUACCUAUUGGAUGAUACCAUCCUGGAAAGAACAAAAAUGUUGAUUUUCUAUUUGAGAUCCCUCUCUUCCUCCCCAGUUACUCUUAAUAGUGCAAAACCAGGGCAUGUUGGGGUUUUUUUUUCACCUACUCUUGUCCAUAAGAGGAAAAGCAUAAAUGCCAGAAAACACAGGCAGAUUCCCCCCUGUUCCCAGGGUUUGCCACACAGCAACAGAAGAGCUUUUGCAGGAGUUGGCUUUGGUGAUAAGCAUGGGCCAGCUGACAACAGCACACAACAGUGUGCAGUCCUAACAGCUCCAAACAUCCAGGAUGAAACAGCCAAAUGAGCGCAUGGUCACCCUAGAGAGGAAAGUGAGGGCUAGAGGAAGGACAAGUUGCCAGCAUCUACUGGAUCUUGAAUGACAGGAACUUAGUUUAGAAACAGCUUUAUAUGAAAAAUUACCAAGAGGGGAUGGAAAAGGAGAGAAAACGAAAGCAUUUACUUUUUGCACCUUUUAAUUCUAAAGUUGCUGAGUCAUUUUAAUAGUAAAUACUCCUGAAUUAAGUUCAGGCUUAUUGUUUGAUGCCAUUAGCCCAUGUUAGAUAAUGCUCCAACCCUACUUCAGCUGCAAUCAGUGUUAUCAACAUAUGGGAAAUUAUUUGUGAAAAAAAAAAAAAAUUAGAAAGUUCUUUAUACUGGGGUUACAAGUUAAAGUAAAAUUCUUUGUAAAGUUUAGAUGCUCUAAGUUUAAGCAUCUAAAGUUUAGAUGUUUUUUAUUGUGAAGUCAAGCUAAGUUCAUCACAGGUAAUACUGUUGUAAUGUUCCAUUAAUGCCCACAAUCUGUUCAAUCCUCUGAGUUACGUGAAUGCUUUAUGAAAAUGGCUUAUUAUUGUUAAAUUCCUGCCUUUCUUUUUAAGGGGUUUGAUAGAGUUAUACAUGUCUGUUUUGUGCCUCCCACCAUGGUGCAUUUCUGCAUGUUCAGUUCUAGAACUCACUCGAGCAGCUGAUGCAUAUGUACAUAGCUGUAUGUAUGUGUGUAUGAAUGUAUAUGUUUAUACCUCUCUGUCUAAAUAUAUUCUGUACAGUGUAUAGGAAAUGUGUAGUGUAUGUAUAUAUGUACAGAUAUGGAGCCAUUAUUCAUCUAUUCUGUGUGCUAAAGUUUUUUAUUCAUUUGCUAAUCAAGAGCAUCCUAAUUUGGUGAAUCCUCACAAAUUUCAGAGCUUUGCACCUUUUUUCUAAAGCAGUCUGAAUCCACUAUUUGCUGUUCAGAACUGACAAAUAUAUUCCAUGAAUUUUCUUGCUUUUAUAUUAUUCUCUUUACCUUUUCUCAUUUGACCUAUAGAGGUCUGCUCAUCAAUAGUCAAUAUUAAGCAUAUAAUGCCUUUUAAAAAUAAUGAAUAAAUAACUAUAGUCAUAGAAAAUGCUUCCCUGCUCAUUAUAUACUCAUUCUUUUCCAGCCCUCCUGAGAUACUUUUGUAAAGUUGUAUUUUUUGUGAAGCUUGGUAAGAGACUGAUUUUUUGGUUUUAAGUCUUCAUCUAUGGCUAAUUGAAAGUAAACCAAGUUGCCAGUUAUCACUGAACUGCAGCACACAGAACAGGAGGUGACAGAUGCUGUUUAAUAAAUCAGUAGUCCUAUUGUCGUAGCAAUCUCAGGAAAUCAACCUGUGAGUUAGAGACUGUGUGCUCUGGUCAGUGAAACAGCAGCUCUGGUAUAAUGGUAAUUAAAUAGUAGGGACAUUGCAGGUAGUUUAUUUCUUAGCAAGCAUCAAGACAUCUUCAGGAUUUUCACAAUGUGUUUCAAUUGUAUAUUUACUUUCCAAAGUUUUUAUUUUCCAACCUAAACUGAACAUAGCUAGUUUCUUAAUUUAGUUGUCAGACUAAUGUCCCUUUCCACAUUCUGUCCUCUCCUGGGUCUGCAAUCUGUGCAGUUCCUGCACUGCCUGUGACAGUGCCACUGUCCAUGUGGGACCUGUGCACACAGUUGGGAAAUGAGAUGUGGAGAAAGACAAUUUCUUAUUCAUAAUGAGGACUCAAACAUUUACAUUAUCAAAGCUUGUUCUUCCCUUUAGAUGAAGUUAAAAAGGAAGCCUUCAUAAAGUAAAUAUGUUUGUUAACUGUGGGUUUUUAAAAAACCAUUUCGCAGACCAUGCAGGGCAGUAGUUCGGCAAGUCUUGUUUCUGUCAUUAAAAAGGUGAAACAGAAUUUUCUGGGCAUUUAUUUCCACCUUUUGUGCUCACUGUGACAAAGACUUGUGUAUGCUUAAUCCGAUACUAAGACACUAAUCAAAACAGCAUAAACUUUGUGCAUGCUUAAAGUGAACCACAAGUCUGAGGAAAGUUUGCUAUGGAAAAUGCUGAGAAUGCUCUUUCUUAGUAUAUUGGUUAGUGAGCAUUUGUAAGCUUUUAUUUCAAAUAUAGGAAUAAACCUAUAGCAUUUCAAAACCUUAUUUCUGUGAUUUUCAGCAGGAAAAAUAUGUAAAUUAAUGUCAGGAAUUUCUGUGACAGAUGUUCCUUCGAUGGUGUCUGGACAAUUGGUGGUGUUUGAAUGCUUGCUUUCCUCUCUAAAGGUAAAUAGAAACCUGAAAGUCUGUUAAAGUCACUGUACUGCAGGAACACUUUUAAAGUUUAGGAUGCCAAUUGGGGCAUUAAUGCAAGACUGAAUAUGUUUAAAAACUCAACUGUGAAUUCAGGAAAAAAAAAAUGCAAAGUUCAGUGAACCAAAUGUGUUAUAUACACAUUUGAAUUGUUUGCAUUCUGAAGGACAAAAUGUGCUCAAAUUUAGUGGCAAUAAAGGCUCUGCAAUAAUACAACACAGGUCCAUUUUACAGUAUUUUCAUGACUGUGGGUUAAAAUAGGACUUAAUAAAUUUAAAACAUAAAGCACAGUCUUUAAGAAGAAAACAUUUUACUUACAGCUGGUAUAUGUUAAAUUUUCUGUAUAUGGAAUCAAGAUCAAAUGUUGGAAUAUUUUUAGUAAUUAAUCUGUACUCUGAAAUACACUGGAAGCCAGUGUUCAUAGUUUCCUAACUGAAAACUGCACAGUUGUAUCUGCAUUGGCAUACUAUGGAGUGCUGAGCUCCUAAAAAACAGCAAAUUUUUGAAAAAAGGAAGUAUCUGCUUUCAGUUCCUUGGGGUAUUUUCUGGAAGUCUGUAUUCCUUAUAAUUUAGAAAACUAAAACUGCAAAAAUUUCUAAUUUCUCACAGCUUCUUUUCUGAAAUCGGUAUUGUUGUGUGUGAUAGCAUUUAAAAAUAAUAGCAUGUUCUUUUUUUAAACUAAAUUUUAUAUCCAAACAAUGUUUUCAGUCACAAAGAGGAAUUUGCAUUGUCGUGUUUGUAUAUAGAGUAUUGCAGUGCAUGAUUUAGCUUAUGCAUUUUAUUAAAUGCUGUUGUGACAUUAUAUUGUUGCAGUUAAUACUAGUAGCUAAAUGAGGUUUCUACCAUUAAAGUGAAUUACAAAUGUAA